UUUCCACCCCGCUGGGCCAGGGCCGGGUGAACCAGCUCGGAGGAGUGUUCAUCAACGGUCGACCGCUGCCCAACCACAUCCGUCACAAAAUCGUGGAGAUGGCCCACCACGGGAUCCGGCCCUGCGUGAUCUCCCGGCAGCUGCGGGUGUCCCACGGCUGCGGCUCCAAAAUCCUCUGCAGGGACCCGGAGACCCUCUCUCUGCACACGCGGGCACGCACCGGUGUCCCUUGAUCACAAAAGCAGGUUGCAACUCCUGACGUGGAGAAGAAAAUCGAGGAAUACAAACGGGAAAACCCCGGGAUGUUUAGCUGGGAGAUCCGAGACAGGCUCCUAAAGGAUGGGCACUGCGACCGGAGCACUGUGCCCUCAGUGAGUUCGAUUAGCCGUGUGCUACGCAUCAAAUUCGGGAAGAAAGAGGAAGACGAGGACUGCGACAAGAAGGAGGAAGACGGGGAGAAGAAGGCCAAGCACAGCAUAGACGGCAUCCUGGGCGACAAAG